AUUAAAUUCAAGAUCAAUCAUCAAUCAGUUAAUGUUGUUUGUUUAUGUAGAAACAUCACCAAGUCUCACCAUUACCGGUUUUCUUAAUUAUUUACUUGAUUACCACAACAAUAAGGAUUAAUUCGCCAGUAACCUACGAAUAUGGCAGACCGACCUCCUCCUCACGUCCGCCGGGGAACUAAUAGGGUCCCUGGCCAAGCGACAACUGGUAUUCGUCGCAACCUCUUCCAGAGCCAACUUACGCGACGCCCCACACCUACGACAUCCUCAUCCAACACCUCCGCCGAGACUCUCCGACUGGCAGACGUCGAAGUACUCUCGGACACCUCCGAUAUCGUAAUCCGCGACAAGAACGGCGAAUUCGAUGUUGGCGACCCGCCAACUCCCCCACCAGACGAUCCGGAAGAAGAUGGCGUAUUAGACGAUGCGCAAGAGAGCCAACGCGAGAGGAAACGAUUGGCCGAGGCCGUCAAACACCAUCAAAUAAACCACAACCGCACUCCUGCGCACGCUGAAGAGGUUAUUGAGACACUCCGAGCUAGCAUGAGAGCGAAAGUCGCCGCCCUGGCUGAAGAUAACUGGAUGUACGAGCCGGAGGAACAGCCACGACUGCAGUAAACAAAUUAGAUGAUCCUGCUAAAGGGUUCUGAUUAUCAGAACUACAGAGGUAUGCAAAU